AUGGUGUUAGAAGCCAUUCGCUUCGCCCGACGGAAAGACUCCCGGGAGCCUUCUGCCAGCCUUGAAAUCCUUGACCAACUCCUGCUACCGCAUCGGACGAGUUAUUUCAGGAUAUCGACAUGCGAAGACGCCCAUCAUGCCAUCAAGCAGAUGCAAGUUCGGGGCGCCCCUGCAAUUGCUAUUGUUGCGGCACUUGCACUCGCGACCGAGUUGACUCAGGCAGACUCAGAGAGUGUUCAGAUUCCCGAUUCGGUGGAGCGGACUGCAGAUCUUAUUGGCACACGCUUAGACUAUCUCAAAACGAGUAGGCCUACAGCGGUGAACCUCAGCGAUGCAGUGGGCAAGCUGAAGAAAGUGGCUGAUCAGGCGGCGACGGCCGCUAACGCGACCCCCGCCUCGGUCGUUGAAGCUUACGUCAAUGCUGCAGAACGCAUGCUGGUGGACGACGUUUCCGAUAACAAAGCCAUCGGGGAGCAUGGGGCUGCAUGGAUCGAGCACAAUACGACGGCAGGAGUUCAACGGAGUAAAGAUCCGAAGCAGGGGCUGCAGGUCCUGACUCACUGCAAUACCGGGUCUUUGGCUACAGCAGGAUAUGGAACAGCCCUGGGUGUGAUACGUUCACUCCGAUCAAGAGACAUGCUCACACAUGCAUAUUGUUCGGAAACAAGACCUUACAACCAAGGGUCGCGCCUGACUGCUUACGAGCUGGUCCACGACCAGAUACCAGCAACGUUGAUCACUGACUCGAUGGCUGCAUCGCUGCUUGCCCGCGAGGGCACGAGUUUGGCCGCCAUAGUGGUUGGCGCGGAUCGAGUAGCAGCCAAUGGUGACACCGCUAAUAAGAUCGGAACGUACUCCCUUGCAGUGCUUGCCCGCCAUCAUGGUGUCAAGUUUCUCGUCGCAGCUCCACGAACAACCAUCGACCUGUCAACACCAUCGGGUGAUCAGAUAGUCAUCGAGCAACGCGCCGCUGACGAGGUGACUAAGAUCAAGGGUCCACGCAUCAGUGCAGUCGGCCAGAUACUUAUUGAUGAAGAGCCGGCAACUAUCAACGUCGCCGCCACUGGCAUUGAUGUCUGGAAUCCAGCAUUUGACAUCACGCCGGCGGCUUUGAUAGAUGGGGUUAUAACCGAAUGUGGUGUCGUUGAAAAGAGUGAUGGGCGGUUCGACUUCCAAAGCCUCUUUACCGGUCAUUGA